UCUGCGCAGACUCGAAGUCACACUUCCGGGUGAAGGUUGUCGCGUUAUAAUCUGUCGCUGUCCGAAUCAAGUGUCACAUUGGGAUUCACAGAAAGUAUUUGUACGGCAUUUGUUUUACAUAUAUGAACAGCGUGACUGGUACACUUAAUAGAAACGGGAAUGUUAUAUCUUUAAAUAGAAUUGGAUAUUCAUUGCUGUCUAGGUCGGCAGGCUUAACACUCUGGAACCGGUGUUGUUAAAGUGAUGCAACAUGGCAGCAGCUCCUCUCAAUAGGUGUCUUCUGUCAGCAUUCAGGACACACGCUCGGUGUCAGAGCCGUGGACUCCACUCUGCGGGCGGGAGGACAGUCGGUCGGGGGUGCCCUGCGGUAACAUGUGACCACAGCAGAGCCGAGGGGACCACUAGCCUGGACCGGGUACCCUCGGCGGAGUGGGACCGAAAAGGUGGUCGGAACUCCGCCCGCUGCCCUCUGCUCGUGCCGCUGUCGGUGGGUCUGGGACUCUGCGGCGCGGGGCUUCUGGUCAGUGAAAAACAUGAACAGGUGAAGGACGGAAGAGACUCGAUCUCGGGGCGCUUUCUUGAACUCGUGCUGUCGUCAGCCCAGUGUGCUUCUCCGUUUAAACCGGACAGCCCCCGUUUCAAAUACAACUUCAUUGCAGAUGUGGUCGAGAAAUCCACUCCAGCUGUCGUCUACAUUGAAAUCGUGGGGAGACAUCCAUUUUCAGGCCGAGAAGUCCCAGUUUCAAAUGGUUCUGGAUUCAUCAUUAGCAGCGACGGUCUCAUUGUAACCAACGCUCACGUUGUGGCCAACAAGAAAGGCGUCCGGGUGAAGCUCACCAACGGAGAGACGUACAACGCCACCGUGAAAGAUGUGGAUCCAGUGGCCGACAUCGCCACCAUCAAAAUCUCUGCAAAGAGUCCGUUACCCACGCUCGCCCUCGGCCGGUCGUCCGAUGUUCGACAAGGAGAGUUUGUGGUAGCCAUGGGGAGCCCGUUCUCUCUACGUAACACAAUCACGUCAGGAAUUGUCAGCUCGGUACAGAGAGGCAGUAAAGAGCUGGGCCUGUCCAAUUCCAACAUGGACUACAUUCAGACCGAUGCAGCCAUAGAUUUUGGAAACUCUGGAGGUCCCCUGAUAAACUUGGAUGGUGAAGUCAUUGGAAUAAACACAAUGAAGGUCACUCCAGGGAUCUCUUUUGCUAUUCCAUCAGAUCGCCUCACACUUUUUCUUGACCAAGCAGCAAAAAAGAAGAAUUCUCGGUCCGGUGAAUCGGCCACAAAGCGGCGGUACAUCGGCGUGAUGAUGCUGACACUGACGCCGAGCAUCAUUUCAGAGCUGAAGUUGAGGGACCGGUCCUUCCCAGACGUCGCAUAUGGCAUCUUGAUUCACAGAGUGAUUUUGGGCUCACCAGCUGACAGAGCUGGCAUGCUACCGGGAGACGUGGUGGUGGAGAUUAACGGUGUGAAGGUGAACACCUCGGAGGAGAUCUACCAGGCCGUCCGCAGCGGCGACAAAAUCACCACAGUGGUGCAGAGAGGACAUCAGCUGCUUCGGCUUCAAAUUACUCCAGAGAGCACCGAGUGAUUUCAUGUUCAUGUUAACAUAAGGGUGAGACAGUCACAUGAACAGUUUAAGUUAAGUUUUGAGCUGCAGUAUUGUAUGGAAUUUGGUAAUCUGUGAAUCUGCCAGACUCCAAAAAAGAGAAUAGCUAAAAAGUCCACUAUUUAUCCACAGGGUUUGAGCAUAGCAAACAUGUAUUUUCUACCUCCUGAAAUCCUUCUUAUUCAUUGGCUGAGUAGCAAAAUGAGUCAUGUAACAUGUGAUGAAUGGUUUCUACAGGCCACAAUACAGUUUUUCUGAAGUACAAACUUC